AUGCUUGCUGGUGAUGGUUCUCUUUGGGUGGCAUGGUUAAACAGAUAUGUUAUUAAAGACCAAAACUUCUGGAAAUUCGUUCCUAAUUCUAGUACGAGUUGGAGUACCAGGAAAAUCCUCAAAAUAAGGACUGAUGCUUUGCAAUUCAGUUCUGAUUCUAAUGCGAUUAAGGAUAUUUGGGAUGAUAUUCGACCUAAAAGCCAAAAAGUCCCUUGGCAUAAUCUCCUUUGGUUUCCAUUGCAUAUACCGAAGCAUUGUUUAAUCGUCUGGAUGACCAUUCAAGACAGAUUGCCUACAAGAGAUCGUCUGCAAAAUAUGGGCAUUAACGCUGCUGCUUUAUGUGUUAACUGUAGUAAUUAUCCUAAGACUCGAAACCAUCUUUUCACAGACUGUUCAUUAGAAGAUCGCUUAUGGAAUAUUAUUUUGAAUGUGAAUGGAAUGAAUGCAUCACAUUUGACAUGGAACGACAUGGUUUAUAGAGCAAUCACUUCAUAG